AAGCAGACGUUAAUUUCGGUGGAAGUUUGAGAGAGACACCCACCAACGGCAUCUACAGCCAGCCAGCUUCACAGCUCUAUUACUGCAACAGUACUACUCCUCUUCUUCCAGCAAACAUGACAGAGAGACGCAUCCCCUUCAGCCUGCUCCGCACCCCUAGCUGGGACCCCUACAGGGACUGGUACCAGGGCAACCGACUCUUCGACCAGUCCUUCGGUAUGCCUGCCCACGCAGAGGGGUUACCUUCCUUCUCCAGCACCCACUGGCCCGGAUACAUGCGCCCCGCCCUCGGCCACGACCUGUCCUCUGCCGGCUUCAUGCCCUCUGUGAUGCCCCACCAGCAGAGUGCAAUGAUGCCCUUAGUCCCAAUGAUGCCCCAAGCCCCAAUGAUGGUCCAGGCCCCUAUGAUGGCCCAGGCUGGGGCAGCAUCGUACUCCCGCGCCCUUUCCCGCCAGCUCAGCACUGGCAUGUCUGAGAUCAAGCAGACCCAGGAGGCCUGGAAGGUCACUCUGGACGUCAACCACUUCUCCCCUGAAGAGUUGGUGGUCAAGACCAAGGAUGGCGUAGUAGAGAUCACUGGCAAGCAUGAGGAGAGGAAGGACGAGCAUGGAUUUGUGUCCAGAUGCUUCACUAGGAAAUACACACUGCCCCCUAUGGCUGAUGCUGAGAAGGUGACAUCCACCUUAUCUCCCGAGGGAGUGCUGACCGUGGAGACUCCUCUGAACAGGCAGGCCAUCAAGGCUGCAGAGAUCUCCAUCCCUGUCGCCAUGGGCAGCAGCAAGACCAAGCCCUACGACAUGACAAUGAGGAAGGGAAGUGGCAAUGAAGAGGAGGAAGAAGAGGAGUGAAACAAACAUAAACAUAAACACACACUCACACUCACACACACAUAGUAGACACAGAUGAAAUGGUUAGACAGAAAUAGAGAAGGUAGGCAAAACUGUGAUAAUUCCACACAUAUUGUAUAGUUACAGUAGGCUCUGGAAAUGCAUCUAUAACGUUAUACGUUUCACGUGUGCUCACACUAACACCACUUGCCUGCUGUAUCCCACACUGCAGUAAUUACUAUCUGCAUUUGAGUCAAGCCACAACAAAAAACAGUUACACACACACACACACACACACACACACACACACACACACACACACACACACACACACACACACACACACACACACACACACACACACACACACACACACACACACACACACACACACACACACACACACACACACACACACACACGCACACACACACACACACACACACUCUCCUCAUUCCUACUAUGCGCUUGCUAGGAACUGAAAAUGAUUAGAUCUGCAAACAGUGACUGCAGUCCUGCUGUUGCAUCAUCAUGCUGUGCUUGCUGCCUCUCUCUCCCUCUCUCUCUCUCUCUCUCUCUCCCUCUCUCUCUCUCUCUCUCUCUCUCUCUCUCUCUCUCUCUCUCUCUCUCUCUCCCUCUCUCUCCCUCUCUCUCUCUCUCUCUCUCUCUCUCUCUCUCUCUCUCUCUCUCUCUCUCUCUCUCUCUCUCUCUCUCUCUCUCUCUCUCUCUCUCUCUCUCUCUCUCUCUCUCUCUCCCUCUCUGCUUACAGACGUUAACACAGCCAAGAAGAGCCAGGAUACCAGUGAUACUGUAGCUAGUCCCAGAUCAUUUUGUUGACAAUGACCAUAGGAGUUGGAAAGACUGCACAAACUGAUCUGGACUAGGCUAGUGAUACACACAGAACACCAAAGAACCAAUGGGCCAGCACAUGGGCCUCUGACUAUUACACCCAUAGAAAUUAUAUUCAUUCUUUUUCUAUGAUUUCACCAUCCUCUGACUGUUACUGGCCAAUCACUGUUGUUAAAAUAUGGUCUGAAAUACUGGUCUGUACUGUAGUUGGAUUUGGAAAGCUGUACCCACGUAUAACGGUGAAUAAAGAGAAAUCCUAAAAG